AUGCCUCGUGGUAACAAGAGCAAACGCCGUGCUCGUCAGAAACGCCCACAGGCCAGAGGUGAUAAUAAGGGUGGUGAGGAUGCACAGGAAGCCGUGCCAUCCACAGCAGAAGCCAUGGCAGCAGAAGCAGAAGGGGAGGCAACAGCAGCUGUGGUAGGAGGAGAAGAACAAGAAGCGGAAAAGGAGCCUUCCUCUUCCCAGGACCCACGUGGUGCUGCUUCCUGCAGCCAUUCCUCCACACCUCAGUGCAGACCACCAUGUGCUAAUGAUCUUUCUGGUGCUGAAACUUGUGCCAGUUCUGACAAAGUUUCUGAUUACAAGGGUGAGGAGAACAUUUCUGUGGCUAGGCCCUGCGCUGAGCAUUUCAUGGAAGAACAUCAGUACCAGGUUGAGAUUUUGAAGUGGUUCAUGCUCCAGAAAUUUCAUUUAAAGCAGACCUUUACCAGGGCAGAGAUGAUCGAGUCACUGAACCCGAGGUUCAGACAUGAUUUUCCUGAGUUAUUCAAGCAUGCCUGUGAGCAUGUUGAGGUGAUCUUCGCAGUUGAAGUGAUAGAAGUGGAGUCCACUCAUCACUCCUACAACCUUUUCAGCAAGCUGACCCUCCCCAACAGUGGGAGGAUUCGCCCUGGCCGAGGCUACCCUAAGACCGGGCUGCUGAUGAAAGUCCUCGCUGUGAUCGUGAUGAAGGACCACCGUGCUCCUGAGGAAGUCAUUUGGACAUUCCUGAAAAAGAUGCAAGUGCACCCCAGCAAGAGGCACAUGAUGUUUGGAGAUACCAAGAAGCUCCUCACCCAAGAUUUCGUGAGGCUGAACUACCUGGUGUAUCACCAAGUGCCUGGCAGUGAUCCUGCGUGUCAUGAGUUCCUGUGGGGCCCCGAAGCUCAUGCCGAGACCAACAAAGAGAAAAUCCUGAAGUUUUUCAAGAAGGUCAAUAAGGUUUGUCCUACCUACUUCACAUCUCUCUGUGAAGAUGCCAAAAAAGAGGAGAUAGAAAGAUUCCAUAGCCUGAUUUCUUCCCAAUCUUGCCCUACUGCCAAUCCUAGGGCAGUUGCCAGGGCCACGUGCCCUGGUGCUCAUCCCAAGAGUUUUGAUAUCUGA